CCUGCUGCCAACGAGUGAACUUUUGAUAUGCAGUUUGGAAUGUGUGUCAACUUAAGGUGUCUGGUGCAGUUUAGGGAAGGGUUAACUUUCUUGUUUUCAGCCUAUGUUAAGAGCAGGGAAAGUGUAGAGUGACAGGACUUAGAGGAAGAGAAGGAAAAGGAAUGUCAGUUAGAGAAGGAAGGGAAGGAGAAUAUGGAUAAGGAUGGAGUGAGAGAGAAAGGAAGAGAAGGGAAGGAAAGAAAUAUAAAGAAAAAACUGGAAAUGAAAGGAAAAUAAAGAGGAAGGAGAAUAUGCAAAUACCAAGAUGGAGACAGAGAGAGAAAGGAAAGAAGGAAGGAAAGAAAUAUAAAGAAAAGAUUAGGAACAAGAGGAAAAUAAAUAAAGGAGGAGGAGGAGGAGGAGGUAGAAUAUACAAAUAAAGAUGGAGACAGAGAGAGAGAGAAAGGAAGGAAGGAGAAUAUUCAAAUAAAGAUUGAGAGGAAGAGAAUGGUCAUCUGUUUUGUCACCUGCUAGUUGAGCACUCCUGGUCGCAUGUUCCCCAAGUCUCUGCGGGCAUGUGGUCCCUGAGUGAAGACGCUCGGCUGUAACUUGGCAGCUAACCACGGGCUGUUCUGGAAAAUACUCUCAUUGUGAUUCCCUCCCAAAAUUACCUUAAGUAACUCCAACCAAACCUUACCUAACUUUCCCUAACCUAACCUCACCUAUCCUGCCCUGCUCAAGAGUACAGACUUGGGGAAUAUGCCUCCUGGUAACCCCUGUCAUGGCCUGCAGGUGUGUGGUGACCCAGGCUGUGGAGGGUGGCUGCCACACUCACUGCUCCAGCCACUCACAGCUGUACCUCAGGAGCCAGACACCAUCUGCUUCACUCCUGCCCAGACUUUGCCACUCACACCCAACAGCUGCUUCAUCUUAAGGAUCAGCGAUGUGGAACCAGCUGUACCACCACCACCACCACCACCACCAGGGGAGCCACUCACUGCCACAAGAAGGAAGGAAGCAGGACCCGUCAAGCCAGUCCGCCCUGCAAGACUGCCUGGUCAAGAUGGGGUCCAGCCUUGCACAGAACUGCUUGGCUGGCCAGUGCCACAAGUUGGUGGUGACAAAGUAAAGCCCUCCAUGACUGCUACAGCCUGAUGGAUGGAUCUCAUGGUAGGGUAUGAUGGGCUGAGAGAGAAGGAUGAUGAUGUAGCAAGGUAAGGUUCAGUUUAUUCUACCCUGCUGCCAACGAGUGAACUUUUGAUAUGCAGUUUGGAAUGUCUGUCAACUUAAGGUGUCUGGUGCAGUUUAGGGAAGGGUUAACUUUCUUGUUUUCAGCCUAUGUUAAGAGCAGGGAAAGUGUAGAGUGACAGGACUUAGAGGAAGAGAAGGAAAAGGAAUGUCAGUUAGAGAAGGAAGGGAAGGAGAAUAUGGAUAAGGAUGGAGUGAGAGAGAAAGGAAGAGAAGGGAAGGAAAGAAAUAUAAAGAAAAAACUGGAAAUGAAAGGAAAAUAAAGAGGAAGGAGAAUAUGCAAAUACCAAGAUGGAGACACAGAGAGAAAGGAAAGAAGGAAGGAAAGAGAUAUAUAUAAAGAAAAGAUUAGGAACAAGAGGAAAAUAAAUAAAGGAUGAGGAGGAGGAGGUAGAAUAUACAAAUAAAGAUGGAGACAGAGAGAGAGAAAGGAAGGAGAAUAUUCAAAUAAAGAUUGAGAGGAAGAGAAUGGUCAUCUGUUUUGUCCCUUGCUAGUUGAGCACUCCUGGUCGCAUGUUCCUGAAGUCUCUGCGGGUAUGUGGUCCCUGAGUGAAGACGCUCGGCUGUAACUUGGCAGCUAACCACGGGCUGUUCUGGAAAAUACUCUCAUUGUGAUUCCCCCCUCCCAAAAUUACCUUAAGUAACUCCAACCAAACCUUACCUAACUUUCCCUAACCUAACCUCACCUAUCCUGCCCUGCUCAAGAGUACAGACUUGGGGAAUAUGCCU